GGACAGGAAGUCCAGCUGCUGUUGUGCUCCCUUUCAGCCCUUGGUUCAUAUUCAUCCUGGACAUAGUCCUGGGCAGCCUGUUCUGAGUGUCCCUGCUUGAGCAGGAGUUUGACCAGAAGAUGUCCCGAAGUCCCUUCCAACCCCAACCAUUCAGUGAUACUAACCAUGGUCCUUUAAUCACCGUUUUGACGGGGCAAAAGACUUGCAGUAGCUUAAUGAAAAACACGUGUUUUUUUGUUGUUGUUGUUGUUGUUGUUUGCUUGUUUGUUUCACAGAAGCUGUGUGAGCUUAUACCUUCCACUGUUCAUUUGUACUUUGUAAGCUUGGCAAUUAGCUGUGUGGUUCCGUAAAGUGAGUAGUGACCGAGGAGGCUUGAGGGACCCGAUCAUAAGGGAGGCCUAGCAUAACUCCACCUGAAAAGUAUAUGUAAAUAAUUUGAUGACACAAUUAUGCACUAGAUGUUCAAAAGGUCUAAUCAUUGAUAACAUAAAUAUCUGAGUGAAUGGCUCGAGAUGUAUUUUGUUGGCAGCCAUGAUCUGGGGCUCCUCCUUUCGUAACUAUGCCUUUUUUCCCCCCUUCCUUGUGCCAGCUCCAGUACUGUUAUGUACAGUGUUGCAUUACUUAGACACUAAAGAGCUAGGUUAAAAAAAAUGAGUGAUUAGUUCUCUUCCAAGCUAGCAGACUGAAGUGGCUUAGCAAAGUGUCUGAUAAGCAUUACGAACUAUGCAAGGGAGACUUAAUGGGCCUUGGGUUUCAUCUUCAGAGGUGCUGUUGCAGGCAUGUGUCAUGGAUAUUGGUGCAGCAUUGAUGCAAAUGUGGAGUCACUGGACAAAAUGCCUCAAUGGGCAGCAUAACAAAAUUGGGGAUAUCCAUGGUUUUAGAGAUAUAUAAAUGCUUUUGCGUAGCUACAGAAUGAUAUUAUGUGAUGAAGCAGGGAACAUAAUAAAACAGUGAAAAGGCAUUUUUAGCUGAGUAGGUGAAUAUAGAGAGUAUGUCAUGCAAGUGAAAGACGGUAGUUUGGGAGAAAAAAAAAAUAUUUCUGUUCUUUUCCUUGGCUUAAAAACAAAAGUUUAGUAGCAAAUCUGUGUUCAUUUAAAAUAGCGUUUACAUCCUGAUGAGACAUUUGGGCAGUGGAAAGAGCUGAAACUGCCUGUUUUUACCAUCUCUUUUAAUUAACCAUUUAUUUCAGCUUUCAGUACUAGUAAAUAGUCUUUUUCAUGUUUUAUAAUGCUAGCACUAAGAACUUAGCUCAUGUAUUACCUCAAAUGGUUUUGCAUCUGUAUUUGCUAGUCUGCAUUAUUUGUUUUCAACAGUCCAGAGUGUUUUGGUAUAUCUGCCAUUCAUUGUAACAAGAAAAAAAAAUAUGUUUAAAUGCAGUUAGAUAGUAAAUACUUCCACAUAAAAGCCUUGAUAUGGUCUUCAUACCUGAGAAUUCAUGUUUCCCUAAAACCCAGCCUGUUAACAUAUUAACUGCUUUCAAGUGGAAUCUGCAAAAGUGAGAGUACAAAGUCAGGUGCCAAAAAUCUCUCGGAAAAAGUUGUGAGGAGUGCAUGUAGCUAAUUCUAACUCAAAAAUGGAUAGUUCCUUAAUCACUCAUGGGGAAUAUGCACUCCAUACAAAAGGCAUGCAUCCACUGCUUGUCCCGUACAACAUUUAUAGCCAGAAGCUGCUUGAGGUUGCAAGUUUACACCCAUCUCCUGUAAUUUUGAAAAACAGGAUGUUGUGCACUAUCAUCAGUUGGUUUAGUGUCCUACUGUCACCACAGGGCGCAACACUUACAGUUAAUGAGAAGAUUAUUUUAAUUUCGGUACCUGCAGUUGCUAAUGUUCCUAUCUAGCAAUAAAAACCCUUGUACUGUUAGACUGAGAUUGAAAUACAGUGGAGUGGAGUGACUAAGAUUUUCUUUUUCCUUGGCAGCAUUUCCCAGAAUCCAAGCUGAGACCAUUUUAUAUUUUUUAUUAUUUUUUUUCCAGCAGUUGAGCAGCCUCAACACAAGAUUUCUUCACUACUUCAAACCUUCACUACAAACUUACUUUUACUGUGAUCUUGCUGUAGUGCAUUUCUUUCUUUCUGUUUUCAACACCCAUCCAUCUGCAGAUGUUCUCCUCCAAAUACCACUGACAAAGGAACCUAAUAGUACUGAAUUAUCUUUUUUAAUUGCUUUUCCUCAGUGAGAAUGGCAAGGAUUCGGAUCUCUAGCACAAUUGUUAUACUUUUUGUUAUGGUUCAGACUGGAUUCUUAGUCUUCAUGUAUGCCCGGUACAGUAGCUUCAUGCUUCAGUCUGAGGAGAAACCGUCUCAAGUCCACAUCCUCAUUCUCUCCUCCUGGCGGUCAGGAUCUUCUUUUGUUGGUCAGCUUUUCAGCCAGCACCCCAGUGUCUUCUACCUGAUGGAGCCUGCCUGGCACGUAUGGGUUACGAUGUAUCAGAACAGUGCCAAGGUCUUGCACAUGGCAGUGCGGGACCUAGUCAGGUCGGUCUUUCUGUGUGACAUGUCUGUGUUUGAUGCUUACAUGCCUUGGAAAAGAAACUUAUCUGAUCUUUUCCAGUGGGCAGUGAGUCGAGCUCUAUGUUCAGCUCCUGCUUGUGACUCCUUUCAACGUACUGACAUAACCAGUGAAAUGGCAUGCAAGACUCUUUGUGGACGGUACCCAUUCACCAAGGUGGAGGAAGCCUGUAAAACUUACAGCCAUGUUGUCAUCAAGGAGGUUCGUUUUUUUGACUUGAAGGUCCUCUACCCACUUCUCACUGAUCCAUCCCUGAACCUCAAAAUCAUUCACCUGGUCCGUGACCCCAGGGCAGUUGUCAAGUCACGAGAACAAUCAGUCAAAGCAUUGGCCCGUGACAAUGGAAUUGUUCUGAGUACCAAUGGCACUAAAGUGGAAGAUAGCAAAUACAAAGUAAUGCAAGAGAUUUGUAGAAGUCAUGUUCAGAUUUAUGAAACAGCUACUCUAAAACCACCUAGUUUCCUUAAAGAUCGCUAUCUGAUGAUCCGUUUUGAAGAUCUGGUGAGAGAUCCGUUAUCAGAAAUCUCAGAAAUGUAUAAAUUUGCAGAUCUUAGUUUGACGCCCACACUCAAAAGUUGGGUCUAUAACAUCACACAUGGACAGGGGCCAGGAAAAAAAAAGGAAGCCUUCAAAAUCACAUCUCGAGAUGCAGUCAAUGUUUCCCAGGCCUGGAGAAAUGUUCUUUCAUUCCAGAAAAUUAAGAAAAUACAGGAAGUUUGCAAAGGUGCUAUAAACAUGCUUGGCUAUCAGCUAGUGGAUUCAGAAAAAGAACAAAGAGAUCUGUCACUGGAUUUAGUCUUGCCAAGAAGACAAAACCAAUUCAGCUGGUCAUCAUUUAAUCCAAAGAACUAAGACGUUACUUUGAAAGAUGGGGGUGAGGGGUGGGGAGUAUUUAUCUAUUGUGCAGUACGUAAGUAAUUUGAAAAUCCCUGUCUGAUGAGUUUAAUUAGCUUCCUGUCUGAUGGUUUUCCAAGUAGUGUAAGCAGGUUUUUUUUUUUUUUUUUUUUUUUUUUCCUCCUGAGUUUUGUACACUACAAAACAAACAACAAAAACACGAGAAAUGCAGCAAGGUACUUUUGCGAUUGCAAAUUUACAACAGAACUGGGCUGUUCUCAUCAUUGUUUUAAAAAUAUAAUUUAAAUACUUUGUAUUAAAGAAGUUUAAUAAGUGAUCCUUGA